AUGGUAUCAGAGGAGAAGGCCUCAACCGAGGACAGGAAAGAACGGUCGGCGACGCACCCGCCCAAGACGUUCAGGGAACGCUUCCUCCACUCGCUGCCCUACUACACAGGGCCUUACGGUGUGGGUUUUAUCGAGAUCGAGGCGCCAGUCCGGCAUCCACGUGUUUUUUCCGAGCUCAGGCGCGACAAUGUGCCGUUACUCAGGCUCGACACCGUCCUGUUCGCCGUCUACUACCCGUGCGCUCUCAAGACCGAGCCGGACGACCACAUCGCCCCUGAGCACGGCCAUGGGGGAAAGGGCAAGAAGAAGAAGAAGGCCGGAGAAAAGGGGCCGAAGCUCUCACGGGUCGGUUGGCUCCCGCGCCCACGGGUCCUCACAUGCAAGGGCUAUGCAAAGUUCUUCAGCGUUCCCCACCUGCCGGUAACUGCCUACAUCGCCUCCACGUCCAUGUUCACCAAGCUCCCGGCGUUGCGCAAUGCAAGGCUUGCGGAACACUGGCCGGAAGAUAUGCUGGGCGACGAAGGGCCGGCCGGGCGAGCGGCGCGUAAUGAGGAGUCGAGUUCCAGCACCAAGCCGACAUUCCCCGUCAUCAUCUUCAGCCACGGCCUCGGGGGUUCCCGGAUGAGCUACAGCUCCAUAUGUGGAGAGCUGGCAAGCUACGGGUUCAUCGUCGUUGCCGUGGAGCACCGGGAUGGGAGCGGUGCCAGGACCUACGUGAACCUCACCGAGAGUCGAGAGGUGUCCGACAGCGACUCCUCGGUGGCCCAGGCAUACAUCAAGAGCGUGAGCGCCAAGAAAAUUAAGAACAAGAAGAACAAGGGCGCGCAGAGCGAUCAGCACUACUGCGUCGACUACCUCUUCCCCAAGGACAACGCUCAAGACACGGCGCCGCACAACGCCCGCGGAGUCGACACCGAACUGAGGACCGCCCAAAUCGAGAUGAGGGUGACGGAAAUGGAGGAGGCGUACCGCAUUCUUGAGUACAUCAACAGCGGCCGGGGACACGAGGUCGAGGCCAUGAACCUGAGAAGAAAGGGCAACGUCGCUUCUAGUUCCAAAGGCUUGACGGGGGUUAUGUGGGAGGACUGGAAGGACAGGAUGUUCCUUGACAACGUGACCAUCAUGGGCCACUCAUUCGGCGGGGCAACCACUGUUGAAACCUUGCGGACGGAGUCGCUCACCUGGGUCGGGCAGGGCAUCAUCCUCGACGCAUGGGGGCCGGCCACGCCCCAGGCGGGAGACGACGCUCGACAUCGCAUCAAAAAGCCGCUCCUGUCAAUAGGAUCCGAGGCCUUUAUGCACUGGCAGGAAAACUUCGAUAGGCUCGUCGAAAUCUGCAAGGAGGCGCGGGCAGAGGAUGCGCUCACAUGGAUGAUGACGAUCCGUGGAUCGACCCAUCUCUCCCAGACCGACUUCGCCAUUCUGUAUUCGACCUGGAUGGACUUGCUGAUGAAGACUCUGGUCAACCCCCUGAGAGCCAUUUAUCUUACGAUAUCGCCGUCACUCGAGUUCCUCAAGAUCGCCCUGCCGCCGGAGCAGACAAAGUACAACACGUGGGUUGACGAGAAGAUUCUCAAAACGACUGAGUCGCCCUCUGAACCACUUAGUGUGGUGACGCAUGACCACCGCCCCGACGAUCGAUGGAUUGCCGUCCGCCUCAAGGUGAACAAUGAGGCGACGCUGCGGCUGAAGAGCUGGGUACGGCACAAGCGGCGCGUGCUGCUCAGGAAGGGCCAAGGAUCGGGGAUGCCUUCGGGGCUGAUCAACUGGGGUGAGGGCAACGAAGUCUGGAUGCACGUGAGUCCGAGACGUGAGUCCGUGGAGAAGCAUAUGCGGCAAAAAGAGCAGAGGACGAGCGAAAACCAGUCCUAG